AUGGCCCAAGCCUACCCUAUCAUCUUCGACAACGUCGACUCGGAAACAUCAACAGUUUGCACCUCCCCCACCAUCUGCACAACAUCCCCCAUCUGCACCCCUCCAACAACAAACUCAAACCCCACCACCUCCAAGGAUCAGCAAAAAUGGGAAAGUUUCCAAUCCUCAAUCCCCUGGCCCGGCCGCACAUUCAUCAUCCGCUCCCACGACACAGGCCAAGUAAUCACCUUCCUCGACGGCGAAAUCAUCCUCGACAAACCCGGCGGCUUCGGCACCUUCCGCUGGCGCUGCGUCGAAAGAAGGGGAUGGCUGGGCUUCCGCGACCCGGUUUCCGCGCGGUACAUGGGGUAUGAUAGUCGCGGCUGGAUCCGGUGCGCUGUCGACAAGCACAAUGACUGGGAGUAUAUAUGUGUGAGGAAGCGGCCCGAGGGCGGCUAUGUGUUGUUGGUGCUUGUCGAGAACAAGCUUUUGCCGAUGGGAGUUUGUUCGCAGGAGACGGGGGGUGUGGUGAGGCAGAGGGUUAAGAUUAGGGAUUGGAAUUCCGAAGGGAUUGUGUGGGAUUUUAUUGAGGUGCCUUGUCCGACGGUUUGA